CAAAUAAAAAAAAAAGAAAGGAAAAAGAAAAAUGAAACUUUGACGUCUGGUGAUGCUACUGUUAGGUGAAAUUCUCGAACUUGCGAACAGUUUGGCAUUUCCCACCACCAUAGAAGCUUCGGCAGUCUCCGCCUUGCUCCGUCGACUUCCUGCGAUGACGGUCGUCUAGCUUCUCAACUCAAUGGAUUACAGUGCUGAGCGUUGUAAUUAGUUUUGAGUUACUUGCAAUUUCGGGUGGUAUUUUCUUGUAAUGUUUGUUGACCGAAAAAAGGAUCUUGUAAUGUUCAUCGGCAAGCACUAGCCCUUUAUACAUGGCCAAGCCCGAACCUAGAGGUCGCACUGUCCUUGAACCACUGUCAUUGUUCAACCUCUCUGACCACUCUCGUGCACGAGUUACAUCACUCGCUAUCUCCACGGUCUCCGACUCACAAUGUCUAAUCUACCUUGGGACCCAGUUUGGAAUCCUGCUUUUGCUCUCUGUAAAUCCCAAUGAUCAAUCCCCAUCUGAUCCUUCCAACAACCCUUCAAUCCCACAAAACAUUUCGUUUUUGCGAAAAGUUUUGGUUGGCAAUUCCUCAGUGGAGUCUAUCCAAGUGUUUGGUGAAAUUGGGAAGCUCUUGGUGCUUUUGGAUGGAUUUUUGUUUUUGGUUGAUUCGCUUCUGUUACAGCCCGUGAAAAGAUUGAGUUUCUUGAGAGGAAUUUCUGUCAUCACAAGGAGGCUGCGAAGCAGUGAAUCAGAAUGCUCAAAUUUGUCAGGUCUUAGUAAUUCAUCAGAGUAUACAAGCACAAGUCAGCGGUUUUUGCAAAAGUUCGGAAGUGGGAUCAGAACAAAUGGCUCGAAAACGAAAGAAACUGUGCAGCAGCGUAUAGGCCAUCAUGUUUUCUCUGUUGUGAUUGGUAAAAGAUUGGUAUUGGUAGAGCUUGUUUUGAGUAAUAGAGUAGGUAAAAGUGACCAAGACAUUGAUGAUGGGUCUUUUGUAAUUCUGAAGGAAAUUCAGUGUAUUGAUGGGGUUAUGGCCAUGGUAUGGCUCAAUGAUUCGAUAAUUGUCAGUACGGUUAAUGGAUAUAGUUUGUUUUCAUGUGUUACUGGACAAAGUGGUGUAAUAUUUUCGCUACCGGAUGUUUCUAGUCUGCCACGGCUUAAAUUGUUGUGUAAAGAAUGGAAUGUGCUUUUGUUGGUGGACAAUGUUGGCAUCAUAGCUAAUGCACAUGGGCAGCCGGUUGGUGGUAGCUUGGUGUUCCAUAGUAACCUGGAUUCUAUUGGGGAGAUAUCUUCAUAUGUGGUCAUUGCAAGGGAUGGAAAGCUGGAGUUGUAUCAUAAGAAAACAGGUAGAUGUAUUCAGAUGAUCACUUUUGGUGGUGAAGGGGUAGGAGGGCCUUGCAUUGUUGCAGAUGAGGAAGAUGGAAGUGGAAAACUUCUUGUUGUUGCAACCCCCACCAAGGUUGUUUGCUAUCGGAAAUUACCAUCUGAAGAACAAAUUAAAGAUCUAUUGAGAAAAAAGAACUUCAAGGAAGCCAUCUCCUUGGUGGAGGAUCUUGAGUGUGAGGGUGAAUUAUCAAAGGAUAUGCUCUCGUUUGUUCAUGCUCAAGUGGGGUUUCUCUUGCUUUUUGACUUGCAUUUUGAGGAAGCAGUGAAUCACUUUUUGCAGUCUGAGACAAUGCAGCCUUCUGAAGUAUUUCCAUUCAUAAUGAGAGAUCCGAAUCGAUGGUCAUUACUGGUUCCUAGAAACCGCUAUUGGGGUUUGCAUCCUCCCCCUGCGCCUCUGGAAGAUGUUGUGGAUGAUGGGUUGAUGGCAAUUCAAAGAGCAAUCUUUCUUAGGAAAGCAGGUGUAGAAACUGUGGUAGAUGAUGCAUUUCUCCUGAAUCCACCAAAUAGGGAUAAAUUGUUGGAGUCUGCCAUCAAAUCAAUUACUAGGUAUUUGGAGGUUUCUCGUGAGAAAGAGUUGACUCCAUCAGUGAAGGAGGGAGUUGACACCCUAUUAAUGUACCUCUACAGAGCUUUGAAUAAUGUUUAUGACAUGGAGAAGCUGGCAUCAUCAGAGAAUUCUUGUGUUGUGGAGGAGUUGGAAACUUUGUUAGAUGACUCCAGGCAUUUACGUACGCUUGCCUUCCUAUAUGCAAGUAAAGGAAUUAGCUCAAAGGCUCUUGGUAUCUGGCGCAUCUUGGCAAGAAAUUAUUCAUCUGGCCUUUGGAAAGACCCCAUGUUGGAGAGUGGUUCACAGGAUGGUGGUACAAAUAUCAUCUCUGGUAAGGAGACUGCUGCAGCUGAAGCAUCAAAGCUUCUCGAGGAGUCAUCUGAUCCAAAACUUGUUCUUCAACAUCUUGGAUGGGUUGCAGAUAUCAACCAGGUUUUUGCAGUUCAGGUUUUGACAUCAGAGAAAAGAGCUAAUCAACUUCCACCAGAUGAAGUUAUUGCAGCUAUUGAUCCAAAGAAGGUGGAGAUUUUUCAAAGGUACCUUCAGUGGUUGAUUGAAGACCAAGAAUACAGUGACAGUCAGUUCCACACAUUAUAUGCUCUCUCACUUGCCAAGUCAGCAAUUGAAGCAUUUCAAGCAGAUAUUGCCUCGCAAAACCUUGGUCCUGGAAGGAUAGAAGAGACAAACAUUUCUGAUGAUGGAACAAGUUUGAUAUUUCAAAGUCCUGUUCGGGAAAGACUGCAGAUGUUUUUAGAGUCUUCAGACUUGUAUGACCCAGAGGAGGUUCUAGACUUAAUCGAGGGAUCAGAAUUGUGGUCGGAGAAGGCUAUUCUUUACAAGAAACUAGGGCAAGAGGCAUUGGUGCUCCAAAUUUUAGCCUUGAAGCUGGAAAACAGUGAAGCUGCUGAGCAAUAUUGUGCUGAUAUUGGGAGACCUGAUGUCUAUAUGCAGUUACUUGAUAUGUAUUUGGAUCCGCAAGAUGGUAAGGAGCCUAUGUUUAAAGCUGCUGUUCGCCUACUCCACAAUCAUGGGGAAUCAUUGGAUCCUUUGCAAGUUUUAGAGAGAUUGUCCCCAGAUAUGCCUCUUCAACUUGCUUCUGAGACUAUACUAAGAAUGCUGAGAGCUCGACUUCAUCAUCACCGUCAAGGAAGGAUUGUGCACAAUCUGUCACGUGCUUUAGAUACAGAUGCAAGUUUAGCAAUAUUGGAGGAAAAGUCAAGGCAUGUGCAGAUCAAUGAUGAAAGCCUUUGUGAUUCUUGCCAUGCACGCCUUGGAACUAAACUAUUUGCUAUGUACCCGGAUGACACCAUAGUCUGUUACAAGUGUUUCCGUCGUCAGGGUGAGUCUACAUCAGUCACUGGUCGCAACUUUAAACAAGAUGUCCUAGUGAAACCAGGUUGGCUUGUGACCCGGUAAUCCAAAUGGUGAUGCGAUAAUGAAACCGAAGAUUGAGGCUGGUCUGUGCCUCUGAGUCCAUGCUUUUUCUUUGAGGGUCAGGAUCAGGUUCUUAGCAACUCAAAAGUCAUCUCCAGGCCCCAAUUUCGUAGUUCAUUGUUCGGUAAAGGAUGCUCCAUACCAUGCCAUUAUUCCCUUCUCAUGGAAUACAUGUGUUUCUUUGAAUCAUCAUCAAGCCUACCAUUGUGAUAGGGAAAAACUUCAAGCAUGAUAUCAUGGUUACCAGGAUCUGUUGUGAUCCGAAUCUCUAGAGGAACACGUAGUUUAGAAGUUUGAGAUCCGGCUAAUCCAUUCCUUCCCAGAAUCAGGAAUAACACCGCGAGUUUGCAUAGCAUGAGUUGAAAUGACCAAGAGUUUGCCGCAUAGUGGAGGGAUCAGCAUUCUUCAUCGCUCAGUUCUGUAGAUAUGCUGAACGCAAACUUCCUUCUGCACUAUGAUAAAAAUGUCGCUACAUUCAGAAAAUUUUGACAAAUGUUUGUAAUGUGACGGUAUCGUAUCGGAUGGCUGAUAACGGAGGAGGGAUGUUGAUGUUAGACGCUUAUACGUUGUGCAUUGUUAUUACUUACAAAGGGAAUUUCCAAGUUAUAA